AUGAACCAAACGCCCGCCGGGAAAACUACCGCGGAGUUGUUUCAAAGAGAUUUCCUUUCCGACGACAAACACCAUUUAAACAAGUACUGGAAGAACCACUGGGAGCGGAAGUACGACAAAGACGAGAAGAAACCAACAGGCCGGAAGAAGUUCGGCAGCGAAAGAAGCGUGAAUAAGGAACAGUUUGAUUUCCAGAAGAGUAUCGUGAAAUCACCUCCCUCAGGCUCAAGCUCUGCAACCGUAUCAUCUGACACCGCGUUCAACAAUUUGAAGCAGCAAUCCGGCGCUAUGAGUAAGUGGAAUUUCACCAGAUCCGCGGCGGAAUCGAUUGGCUUUAACAAAUACGGGUCGAGCUACGUGAUGGAUAACGAGUUUUUGUUUCUCGGAUCGUUAUUGGUCAAUAACGAAAAGUGCGACGUCAUAACUUUUCUGCUCAACAAGGAGUUUCUGUUCUACGUUGACUCUUCCGCUUCUUCCGCGGGAAACGCGGGGCUCGUCGGUGGGUCAGACCAAAACCAGUCGAAAAUCGAGGAGAAGUUGCGGAUAUCAAAUGCAAAAAUGUCUGGGUCUGGAAGGUUAGAACUUGUCAUGCUAAGUCUGAAUGAUGCAAAAAUCUGUGCUGCGUGAGUACCAAAAGCUGUCCGCUUUUGACCAAGUUGAGAGGGAGUUUCUCACGCAGGAAAGGCAUGAUAGAGACCUCAAAAAAUCUGUCAUGCUGGGUCUCGCAUUCCAGACCUCAUGGGUCAUGGAAAACCUGCAUCACAAAACUUGCAUUCUUCUAGACCCAGACAUUUUUACAAUCCAUAGCGGAUCUACCCGGUGUGCCGCAUUUCCGACAUCGAGAAGAUUUUGGUGCAUCUAUCCUGAGUAAAAACGUACCCACACCAGAGUUGUAAUGCAGAUUUGCAAAGACAGGGAGACUUGUAAUGCGCGUCCCCAUGUGAGCCAUUUUCAGUCGUGUUUUGGAAUUUGUGAUGCUGUGAACAGGAUGAGCACAUGAAUCUCUGAUGCGGCUGCACUUGCUAACCUGCACUACACUGCAUAGUGCAGCUUGUCAUGUGUGACUCACAAAACUCCUAGGUUUGUGUUGCAAAAUCCCCAUCCUGACUCUGGUGUGGGUACGUUUUUACUCAGGAUAGCAUCGCAUCCCCAGUAUCGGAACGAAGUCCUUGGCAACCGGGCAGAAGACUCCCGACACCUUCACGAUCAUCUACAAGCAGCACGUUUUGUCCGCGGAACAGAAGAACAAACUCGAUCCCUACAGCCAACAUUUGGGCCACGCGAAACACAACCAACGAUUCGUGAAUGUUUCCGGUGUGAAGACGCGGCACGCCACGCGAUUGCGACAGCUGCAUGGAGGAGCGCAUCUUCAUAGUCAGCAGGCGGGUAGUUCUUUCAUUAAGCCAGAAUUGUUUUACUACCCGGAUCCCAGGAAUCGGCUGUCCGAUUUCGACGAAAUCAACCGCGAACGGAAAGCGGCGUACACACCGAAAAUGUUCAUCACCAAGGAGGAGAUGUUAAACAAGCUACCCGUCGACGUCGGGUACAACAAAGCGCACAUGGUAUCAAACGCGAAUAUGUCUGGGUCUGGAAUGUUCUGAGAUUUGUCAUGCAGUUUUUCCAAACUCCGCCAAGUCUGGAAUGCAGGGCCUAGCAUUACAGGAUACGCAGCCCCUUUGUGAUGCUUGUUCUGCAUGAGAAAUGCCCUCUCAGCAUGACCAGAAGUGAGCACUUUUUGUAAGCCAUGCAACACAGAGAUUUUUGUAUGAUCCGCAACAUGCAUCACAAAUUCGCAUCCUUCCAGACCCAGACAUAUUUGUAUUUGACACAUGGAGGUGCAGUACAACGCGUAUAAGUACUAUGAGAGUGCACAAGUCCCCCUCCCCCUCAUUUGUCAUGCAACAUACCAAAUUCUCACCUUGCUCGUAAGCACCGUUAGCAUGACAAAUUUUGGAACUUCCAAUGGUACUACAAUCCGCAUGCAGAUUUGCCAUGCGAAAGCCCCUUUUCUGCUGUGGCUUGUGUUGCUGUUCAUGCAACACAAAUGAGGGGGAGGGGGAGUUGUGCACUGUCAUAAGUACCGAACGGGGAAGUUCGGGGAAGUGAAGCAGGUGGUGCGGACAACAGCAUCAGCCUCGUCCGAUAAAAACGGAGCAGUAGACCACAGACAUCAGAAGUUGUUCGAGUACACCCUUCCGGCGUCCAUCGACCGGGUUCCGUGGCGGGCAGAGAAUGGUCUGGGGUACAAAAUGGAUGCAAAGGACGACGAGUUUGCGCAGCGAAGUCGGUUUUUCGGAGAUGAUAGCGAGCAGGGUGGUCGUAUUAAGGAACGUGACAACUACG